AUGAAUGCAAGUGCUUGGAGAGUUGGAUUACGACAAGGGUCAAGAGUUGUUGAGGUUACAAUGAUCUCGCCUGGAGCAGGUUUUAAUUUUUUAAAAAUAUUUUUGGAGAUAUUUAAAAAUAUAAAUUUAGAUGGAAAUCCUAGACGUGGAUGUGAAGAUUCUAAUUGUCCAUCAGUAUUUGUUCCAGAUCAAUCAGAAGAAGAACUUGGAAGACGUAAUCAACAACAACAAAAAUUGAAAAAACUUCCACCUCGUGUUUCGCCUUCUAGUGACUCUUGGUCUGGACCACAACCACCUUCGUCAUCUUCCCUUUAUGCUAUUCCUGAACGAAAAAAAUUUUCAGCUCCAUCAUUUGGAAUUCAACAACCACAAAGACCUCUUAGUAGUAUGCAACAAAUGGGAAAAGCAUCAAUUGAUUUAGGGUCUAGAAAUGCUUCUCUUCGAACUUUGGAUCAUUGUGCAUCUGAAGACGAUUAUCGUUUUAUGCCUGUUGCCUCAUCUUCAAUUGUAACUGUUCAAUCUUCAAAUAUUCAUGAUGAUGCAAUGAUUGAUGGAGAAACAAACAAUCAACCACAGCAAUAUGAACAACUUUCAUUGGAAAUGCGUUCAGUUGUUACACCCCAAAGUUAUUGUGCUGGUUCUCAAUUAUCUAGAAGAAGUCCUGCAUUAAGAACUGGAACAUUACAAGAACAACAAGAAGAAAAUGAUAACGAGAAUGUGUCUUGGAGACUUCAACAAACUCUUGAAGAAAAGAGAGCUUUGGAAGUGGAAUUGGAACAGAUACGGGCGCGAUUGUCUUCUGAACAAAGGGCACAUGAAAAUACUCGUAGACAGUUGCAGAUUGUCAAAGAAUAUUGUGAAAGAUUUUCAAUAAAUCCUCCAUCUUUUGAAGAUGAAGAAAACGACGAAGAAUUGUAA